UGGAGAAUGUAUACGAAGUAUAUAUACAUAAUACAUUCAAGCAUAGAGAGAGGAAGGGGAGAUUUGGAAGCCCGGCUGUGUGUUUUGCCCGUCGUGUCAAAGAAAACAUAAGAUAACCUUUUUCUGCGAGAGAAGAAAAAGACUAACCGAAACAGUUUCCUUUUCUGUUCUUUUCUCUCUCUAGUUAUUAGUGUCUAAUUUCUUGGAUUUUUUUUAAUAAUAAUCUAAUUAUUGGCGGAUAUAUACGCGCAAUAUUUAUUUGUAUUGAAACAAGGAUCUGAGCUAGGGUUUGGGAAUUCUGAAAUUGGCGCGCUCAAGUUUCGAAAUGGAUUGAGAAAUGCUGGGUGGAAAUGGCAACUGGUGAGAAUUGGAGCCCCGAUCUCGGAGGGAAUUUUGAGAUUAGGGUUUCGAGUUGAGAAAGAUGGACGUGGAUUCUACCAUGGCAACGGGCUCUGAUCACGAUCCAGCUGUUCAGAGUAACGGGCCGAGUUCCGGGCAGCUCAGGGAUGAGUCCUCUGCUAUAGGAUCUCCACCACAGACUUCUCCGCUUCAGCAGCAACAGCUGCAGUCGUCGUCACCUUCCCAGACUCAACCUCAGCACCACAAUUCAAGUCCAGUCACUGGGCCGAGAUGUGCUCCUACGUACUCAGUGCUGCAGCCUAUCAUAGAGAAGUCUGAGGAUGGGCCGGGGCCAAGGUGUGGCCACACUCUAACUUCUGUUCCGGCUGUUGGAGAGGAGGGUAUGCCCGGAUACAUUGGUCCUAGGCUUAUUCUCUUUGGUGGUGCUACUGCACUCGAGGGGAAUUCUGCUGCUACUGGCACUCCAUCAUCUGCUGGAAGUGCUGGAAUCCGGUUAGCAGGGGCUACUGCUGAUGUGCACUGCUAUGAUGUGUUGACAAAUAAAUGGUCUAGAAUUACUCCAAUUGGAGAACCUCCCACACCCAGAGCAGCUCAUGUGGCUACCGCUGUUGGUACAAUGGUUGUUAUUCAGGGUGGAAUCGGACCAGCUGGUUUAUCUGCAGAGGAUCUUCAUGUCCUGGAUCUUACCCAACAGCGGCCACGGUGGCAUAGGGUUGUGGUACAAGGCCCUGGGCCUGGGCCUCGCUAUGGGCAUGUCAUGGCUUUGGUUGGACAAAGAUAUCUCAUGGCAAUUGGUGGGAAUGAUGGGAAACGGCCUUUAGCAGAUGUUUGGGCGUUGGAUACAGCAGCGAAGCCAUAUGAAUGGCGCAAACUGGAACCAGAGGGUGAAGGUCCACCUCCUUGCAUGUAUGCAACUGCAAGUGCACGUUCUGAUGGUCUUCUUCUACUCUGUGGUGGGAGGGAUGCAAACAGUGUGCCAUUGGCAAGUGCAUAUGGACUUGCUAAGCACAGAGAUGGUCGUUGGGAGUGGGCUAUUGCUCCUGGUGUAUCACCAUCUCCUAGAUAUCAGCAUGCUGCUGUAUUUGUUAAUGCACGGCUCCAUGUAUCCGGAGGAGCACUAGGUGGCGGGCGCAUGGUUGAGGAUUCCUCCAGUGUGGCAGUUUUGGAUACUGCUGCUGGGGUUUGGUGUGAUACAAAGUCUGUUGUCACUAGCCCACGGCCUGGCAGAUACAGUGCAGAUGCUGCUGGCGGGGAUGCUGCAGUUGAGUUAACAAGGCGUUGCAGGCAUGCUGCUGCUGCUGCUGGUGACUUGAUCUUUAUUUAUGGUGGCUUGCGUGGUGGAGUAUUGCUAGAUGAUUUACUUGUUGCUGAAGAUUUGGCUGCUGCUGAAACAACAAGUGCAGCAUCGCAUGCAGCAGCAGCUGCAGCAAAUGUACCUUCGGGGAGGCCACAAGGGAGGUAUGGAUAUAUUGAUGAAAGAACGAGACAAACAGCUCCUGAAGCAGUUAAUGAUGGUGCAGUUGUUCUGGGAAGUCCUGUUGCCCCCCCUGUAAAUGGUGAUAUGUAUACUGAUAUAAGUACCGAAAAUGCCAUGCUUCAAGGAACUCGGAGGUUGAGCAAAGGUGUUGAAUAUCUAGUUGAGGCAUCUGCAGCUGAAGCAGAGGCUAUUAGUGCUACUCUAGCUGCUGCAAAAGCUCGGCAAGUUAAUGGAGAAGUUGAGUUGCCGGAUAGGGAUCGAGGGGCUGAAGCAACUCCUAGUGGAAAGCAAAUAUCGAGCUUGAUCAAGCCUGACUCUUCCUUGGUAAACAAAUCUGCUCCCCCCGGAGUUCGGUUACAUCAUCGUGCUGUUGUUGUUGCUGCGGAGACAGGUGGUGCUCUGGGUGGCAUGGUUAGACAGCUUUCCAUUGAUCAAUUUGAAAAUGAAGGCAGACGUGUUAGUUAUGGGACUCCAGAAAAUGCAACAGCAGCAAGAAAGCUUUUGGACAGACAAAUGUCCAUCAAUAGUGUUCCCAAAAAGGUCAUUGCUCAACUUUUGAAACCUCGUGGUUGGAAACCGCCAGUGCGCCGUCAAUUUUUCUUGGAUUGCAAUGAGUUAGCUGAUCUUUGUGACAAUGCUGAGAGAAUUUUUGCAAGUGAACCUAGUGUUCUUCAGCUUAAAGCUCCUAUUAAGAUAUUUGGUGACUUGCAUGGGCAAUUCGGGGAUCUAAUGCGGCUUUUUGAUGAGUAUGGGUCCCCGUCAACUGCUGGGGAUAUAGCUUACAUCGAUUACCUAUUUCUAGGAGACUACGUAGACCGAGGGCAGCACAGUUUGGAAACCAUAACUCUUCUCCUUGCUCUGAAGGUCGAGUAUCCCAAUAAUGUACACCUAAUUCGUGGGAACCAUGAAGCUGCAGAUAUCAAUGCACUUUUCGGUUUUCGAAUCGAGUGCAUUGAACGCAUGGGGGAGAGAGACGGGAUAUGGGCUUGGCAUCGGAUUAACAGACUAUUUAACUGGCUUCCCCUUGCGGCGUUAAUUGAGAAGAAGAUUAUAUGUAUGCAUGGUGGCAUUGGGCGGUCUAUCAAUCAUGUCGAGCAAAUUGAAAAUAUUCAGCGCCCUAUUACUAUGGAAGCUGGCUCAAUUGUGCUCAUGGACUUGUUGUGGUCUGACCCAACGGAAAAUGACAGUGUUGAGGGAUUGCGUCCUAAUGCCAGGGGACCUGGAUUAGUCACCUUUGGGCCUGAUCGUGUGAUAGAAUUCUGCAACAACAAUGAUCUUCAAUUGAUCGUCCGAGCCCAUGAGUGUGUGAUGGAUGGCUUUGAACGCUUUGCUCAGGGACAUUUAAUUACUCUUUUCUCAGCCACGAAUUAUUGUGGUACUGCCAAUAAUGCUGGUGCAAUCUUGGUACUGGGUAGGGAUCUUGUGGUGGUCCCAAAACUUAUUCAUCCAUUGCCACCAGCAAUUUCAUCGCCCGAAACUUCUCCUGAGCGGCACAUAGAAGACACUUGGAUGCAGGAGCUCAAUGCUAACAGACCACCCACACCAACUAGAGGUCGGCCUCAAGUCGCAAAUGAUCGAGCCGCAUGCUAACACCUCUGGGAUUUCCAGUUAUCUGUACAUAAGCAGAGUGAACAUUUGGAGUACACCCGCAGCAAAGAUCUGAUUAUUCGAACCAAAACUCCUUCCAACCAAGAGUUGCUGAUCUGUUAUUAAUGUCCGUAUACAUUCACUGCAAUGGAUGCUUUGAAUGGAAUUCUUCAGGGUUGUUGAAGGACUGUCUUCUGUUCACCAAAGCAAGCAAUACUAUGGUUGUGGAUCAACUAUGCUGGGAUGUACUGCGCUCCCUUGGCCCAAUGGGCUAUGCCAGUUUUUUUAAAUAUGUAUUUUAUAUAUAUACCUCAUUUAUGUGCAUUAUAUUUGUUUAGUGCUAAAAGAAUUACGGCCUUGUAAGAUUUGAUGAAGAUAUUUGUUUGUAUUUGUAUUAUAGGGGAGAGGAAGAGCUGCUUUGUGUAAUAUAUGUUGCUCAUUUUGUAAAAUGUGAGGUUCGUUGGUUUGAGCAAAUCCCAUUAGCACACAGGAAAAAAAUAAAAUGGCGGAGUAUGAUAGCAGACCCUCUUUGUACCUCUUUAAUGCCACGGUCUUUUAGUCUGUUA